GAGUCAAUAGUAAAUCCCCUGGCUCAGAGACUGCACACGGUCUUCAUUCUCAUCUGAAAAGUGUCUGUAUUUAGAAAAUACUUGAGAAGUUGAGUCUAAAUUUGGAAUAAAAUUCAAAUGUGGCUUCGAAAGACAGAUAAGUUUCUAUAAAAGGAAUAUUUUAGCCAUCUUAUCAUCGAUCAUUGAUAAAUAUAUUUCAAAUAAGACAAACACGGCCCUUCAAAUUCCAAAUCUAGGACCACUGAUAUAUUUUGUAUUGGUUAACUCCGCCUCUUGGGCAUGCGCAGUACGUGGGAAAAACAGCCCAAUUUUAUGAAUAAAAAAUGAUACUAUGUGUUCGGUGGUUUAAAUCGCAUGAGUACUUUCUGAAGGUAACAGAUUCAAAGCAAUAAGUACGAGACGGAUAUUUCUUAUUGUUUAUGACAACAUGAUACUUUUCAUUUUAACUGGAGUUAUUCUUGCCCUGUCACUUUUCAAAUAUUUUGUCUAUCAUUUUCAAACAUUUGAGAGGCUCGGAAUCCCUGGACCAAAACCGACUCUUUUCCUCGGCAACCUCCCAGAAAUUCUGAAAAAGGGACAGUUACAGGCUAUCAUUGACUGGAGAAAAGAGUAUGGGCGAGUGUUUGGAUACUUUGAAGGCUACACCCCAGUUAUUUCUGUAAGCGACCCAGAGCUGCUCAAGGAAGUUUUGGUAAAGGACUUCGAGAACUUCCAAUCAAGAAAGCCUUUUCCGUUGGCUCCUCGCAAAAGCUUAGGAUUGUUCUUGGAGAAUGGACACCAAUGGAAGCGAAGCAGGACUUUAUUGACCCCUGCCUUCAGUGCUGGGAAACUGAAACAGAUGUUCGGAAUCAUGAAUGAAUGUACUGACCACUUCCUGGAGAACAUGGAGAAAAAAGCCAAGACUUCCAAAAAACUUGACAUAUAUGACCUUUACCAGUGCCUGACUUUGGAUGUCAUCGGUCGAUGUGCUUUUGGAUUACGUACAAACGCCCAGGUUGAUGAGGAAGAUCCUUUCUUGACCAAUGUUAGAAGUCUAUUCAACCGACUCAGCAAAACCAUGAUUCUUCCAGCAGUCAUGCUGAUUCCUUUUCUCCAGUACUUUGUUUUUGCUCUUAAGAACAUCGUAGUCCUAUUUGGGAUGAACCCAGUAGUAUGGAUUAGGCUGAAGAUGAAGGAGAUUAUUGAAAUUAGGAAGGAAAUGGGGGCAAAUGCAAGUACCUUUGACUUGGUUCAGCAAAUGCUCUUCUCGAAAGUCAAGGAUGGAAGUAGUGCUUUCAGUGAGAGGGAGAUUGUGGCACAGAGUAUGACCUUCCUUUUGGCGGGAUACGAAACCACCAGUACAGUUUUAGCAUUCCUGAGUCACGUGCUGGCCCACAACCCACACAGUCAAAAGAAGUUGGCAGAAGAAAUUGACUCCAUUAUUGGAGAGAAUGAAGUCAGUUAUGAAAACGUGAAAGAACUACCUUAUUUCGACAUGGUCUUUGACGAAGUUUGCAGACUCUAUCCAACAGCAUCAUUAAUUGUGACGAGACAAGCCAAAGAAACAGCUACCUAUAAUGGGAUUACUAUUCCUGCUGGAAUGAAUGUACAAGCUGAUGUUUGGGGUCUCCAUCAUGACAAGGAAUUCUGGGAUCAACCCUCUGUUUUCAACCCUGAGAGAUUCACAAAAGAAAAUAAACAACAUAUCAAACCAUACUCCUUUUUGCCAUUUGGUGCUGGUCCAAGAAGCUGUAUUGGUUCACGAUUUGCCAUGCUGGAAACAAAGAUCGCAAUGGUCCGAAUUCUGAAGCAGUUCUCAUUCAAACCUUGUGAUGCAUCUAAAGCAAUAGAACUGGAAUGUAGAGGUGCAAUUGUCCCUAAGAAUGGCAUUGAUGUUCUGGUUGAAAGCAGAAAAUGGUCGGGUAAACUAUGUCGUUACAGUUGAAGGAAGUUAUAAAAACUAAUGAGAACAACAGAGACACCCCUUUCUCUGUGAGUGCGGAAUUCUUCGUAACAAACGAAAAUUUUGCAUCAGUUGUCCGAAACUUCCAAACAGUGUGGAUAACAACGCACCAUUUCGCCAUUUGUUCCGAGGACCUUUCAGUGCAAAGGUGAAAAGCUGAACUGUGAUAUAAAGAAUAUGACAAACAAUACAACAUAUCCAUGGAAAGUGAAAUUACUAUAACGUGAAUAAAGAUUCCUGAAAGUGAAAGACGAGAGAGGAUACACAUAAUAUAGUUUCCUGUGCACUUUCCUUUUAUAAACUGUGAAAUAAGUUACUGUGAUAUAUUGUUGAAUAUUACUUGUUAAGUUUAAAUUAUGACAUGGUUGUAUAAUAAAGGUAAUGAAAAUUGAUAGAAGUUUAAGUGUGCUUAUAUAUGAGUUGUAGUGAUGUAUCAACAAGUGACGGAGUAAAGGCAAAACCAAUUCAUCUAGUCAUGUAUUUAUGACACGGUUAUCCAGGAAUCUAACAAAUGUAAAAUGUUAAAACUUUUUCAGAAUAUCUAAA